AUCUCCCUCUCCGUCCUCCCCUCUCUCUGUCUCGCUCUCUAUCGCUCUAUCUACGAAGCCCUUAACUCAUCGGAAGCACCACCGUGCGCAUUGCAGAGGCUAAACCGCUGUCUGCUUGGAGAUAUCGUCACCGCUGUCGUCGGCCCUUCUUCCUCCUCCUCAUCCACCGCUCUGCAGGAAUUAGGGCUUCCAAAUUCUAGGGUUUCACAUAUCCACCUGGCGAUGUCAACCUUCACCGGCGAUGAGACGGCCCCCUUCUUCGGAUUCCUCGGAGCCGCGGCGGCUCUUGUUUUCUCCUGCAUGGGGGCCGCGUACGGGACGGCGAAGAGCGGAGUUGGGGUGGCUUCAAUGGGAGUGAUGCGACCGGAGCUCGUGAUGAAGUCGAUCGUGCCCGUUGUCAUGGCGGGAGUGCUCGGGAUCUAUGGGUUGAUCAUUGCUGUGAUCAUCAGCACCGGGAUAAACCCUAAGGCCAAGCCGUACUAUCUCUUCGACGGCUACGCUCACCUCUCGUCCGGACUGGCUUGUGGUCUCGCUGGGCUUUCUGCCGGGAUGGCGAUCGGGAUCGUCGGAGAUGCUGGCGUUAGUCCAACCUUGGGACGAGUCUGAGGGUUGAAGCAGUUGGCUAAGCUGGUCUUCGUCAAAGGUAACUAACUUCAUACUCUUAUGGCCAAAGUUUUAUUCACUUUAUUGGGACUUCGUCGAUGUUAGUGAGGUGCACCAUUGCAGAGGAUGGUAAUAGACCAGACCAAAAUUACAUCUUUGACAAUGACAUUGUCAUGGUGCAAGCUUCAUAACAGCUAUCAUUGCAACCAUGCCACUGACAUGACUCCCAUCCGCUUGAACAGGCAGGUUACCUUUCAUUCAAAUCAUGAUUGUGCCAGGUAACAUGAACAAUGAUGGGGACUCCGAUUGUGAGGAGGUAAGAUGUAAUCGAAAGCAUGUGGAAGAAAAAGACUUCACUAAUGCUUCUCAUAGCUGGUGCCACAGGCGGGUUCUCGUGUAAACAUCACUGCAUGGAUUAAUCUUUCACAGUUGAUCAAAAAGUUUGUCUAUGGAAUGAUAUGGUUAUUCACUGGCCAAGAAGGUUAAUCUUUUUUCUCACCAAAAGGUAGACUGUGUUCGUCCUGGAUCUAAAAUAAUAUGCACCAAACUGUGUCACUAACUAGGCCCCCCUUAAGGAGUAAAUAUUGAUCAUUUUCCUAUGCCAGCUCUUAUUAAAAUCUCUCAGUAGCUUUCUCCGAGUAAGUUUCCUGUGUCCACAUGGCAAAUCAUCUCUCAUGUUAGCUUGGUUAGUUAUCUCAAGGUGGAAUAUGUGGCAAGCUUGAAACAGGAAUUAUGCAGUUUCCACUCUCGAAGUACUGCUUUAUGUGUUGUAAACUACUUUUCCCACUAGUUGCUGCAUCCAAUUCCUUUUCCAAAUUCUGCCCAGCUGCCUAUAUCUAUGCUUAGAAUGACAUUUAUCUUUGGAGGUGGUGGCUGUUCAUUUGCUUCCCUGUUUCUUUUACAUGAUUCUUCUACUCCUAGAUAACUGCAUGGAGCAUUAGGUUUUGCAGACCUCUUAGAUUAUUCUUACUCUGUUGAAUUUUAUUGUGUAUUAUUUACCACCAUGAUCCUGCUCUUACUAACAGCUUCUUUGUAUUUUUCGGUGCUGUCUACUCCCCUGCAUAAAUUUCUGAAAUAUCAACUUCAAUAUCGAUUUCUGAGGUGCUAGUUUUUUUUUACAAUAUCCAGCUCUUGUAAUAUCAUUUUCUUCAACAUUGACUGUCAGUGAAAUGGUAAUCUGCAACAUGAGUCAUGGAGCUAGUACAGUUUGAAGUUUUACAAGCUUUUGCUUAUAUUUAUCUGCAUCUGUUCCUCCUUAUGUUCUUCCAUUUAUUUUGCUUGUCUGUAGCUGGCCAUGGGGGCUUGUGAAGCACUGGUACAAGCUUAGUGAUCCAAAACAAUUUGUACGAAAAGGAAUAUGUCACUGUGGGAAUUGAGGUCAGGAAACCUCAGUUGGGAAGAGGGAACCAGUGAUAAUGAUGACACCGUAUCAACUCUUCAUGGUAAAAGCUCAAUCAAAUUUUGGAAGACCUACAGCAUGAGUUGUGAUCAUGACAACAGGAAAAGAAGAGAAGUAGCUAAAUAUUUGCAGCCAACCAGAAGACCUUCCGAAUGCAAACAAAUGGCAGCACGAUGGAUCCUCUCCUUUUUUUUCUUUUUUUUUUCUCUCUCAACUAUCCACUGAUGAUGACUCUUAGAAGAGAUAUGUAUGGCUACUACUCAUGCUUCACUUGGCAUAUUUCUCAAGAGAGAGAGAGAGUUGUAAGGGCUGGUGGCUUGCAUUAUUGAGCUCAAUGAUUGACUGCAUGAUCCUACAGCAGUCCAUGGAAGAACAAGAAGGGAUACAGACGCUAAGCUCGCCAUGAUCCGCUGUGUCCAUGCUCAGCAUGCACCUCGUGCGUGUCUCCAUCGGACUGGCUCGACAUGAAAAGGACGAGAAAGAUCCAAGUUCUACUGCUGUCGUCGCAUCGUCGUGUUCUGCAGCGUUUCUUCCUUUGUUCGAGGCAUGAUAUUAUUGAUCUAGCCAGCUUCCAGCAGGAAUGAUUGCAGUGGCACUGGUGCUUUUGGAAGCGAUCUCCAUACUCCAUGCGUGCAUGUUCCCUUUGUAUGUUUUCUCCAAGUCUUAUUGGUAUACAUGUAACAAACGAUGGACCAAUGUGACAGAAGACUAUAUAUAUUAACAGCUGACUCCAACCAUAUUUUAUGUCACAUCA